CAUGACAACAGCCAGGCUACGGAGGACAGGGAGCGGGAGAAGCAGUUGGCCAGGAAGAGGCUCUACGUGGUCUCAGCUGUUUGCUUGGUCUUCAUGAUCGGAGAGAUCCUGGGUGGUUACUUUGCGGGGAGUCUGGCGGUAAUGACAGACGCCGCCCACCUGCUGGUAGACUUCGCCAGCUUCAUCAUCAGCCUGGUGUCUCUGUGGCUCUCGUCCAGACCCGCCACACCCACACUCAGCUACGGCUGGCAUCGUGCAGAGAUCCUAGGCGCUCUCCUCUCGGUGGUGACCAUCUGGCUUGUGACAGGUGUGUUGGUCUACCUGGCCGUGCAGCGGCUCAUCAGAGAUAAUUACGAGAUCGAGGGGACCAUCAUGCUCAUUACCUCAGGCUGCGCUGUGCUUGCAAACAUCAUUAUGGCUUUCACCUUGCACCAGUCCGGGCAUGGGCACAGCCAUGGGGGCCUCAGUAGCGGGCACAGCCACAGCCACGGAAACAAGGACAAGGGCAACCAUGGUCACAGCCACGCGGUGGGCGAUAGGCACGGGCACAGCAACAAAAGUAACCACUCACACGGUAACGGUAACCAGGAAAACCAUUCCCAUGGAAACGGCGAUGUGGAGCAGCACGGUAGGGUGGACGUUCAGCGGUAUGAGUUGUCGGAGUCGCAACCUCAGGCCAACGCCAGCGUGCGUGCCGCCUUCGUGCACGUGGUGGGAGACCUGCUCCAGAGCAUCAGCGUGCUGGUCAGCGCCAUCAUCAUCUUCUUCAAGGUCAGUGGUCAGAGAACAACUGGGCCCGAGUAUAAGAUAGCUGACCCUAUCUGUACAUUCCUGUUUUCCAUAUUUGUCCUGGGAACCACCAUCACCAUUCUGAGAGACAUCCUGAUAGUCCUCAUGGAAGGCACCCCAGCUGGAGUGAAGCACGGUGAGGUGAGGGACCGGCUGUUGGCAGUGAAGGGGGUGAAGUCUGUCCAUAGCCUCCAUAUCUGGGCCCUGACUAUGAACCAGAAGGUGCUGUCAGCACACGUGGCUAUAGAUGACUUAGUGGAUGCCCAGCCAGUUCUAAGGGAGAUGACCCAAACUUGCUUCUCCAACUACAACUUCCAUUCAGUCACCAUACAGCUGGAACAACAAGCCGACCAGAAGCCUGGGUGUAGCCUGUGUGACGACCCCAAAAUAUAG